GUUUUGAGGGGGCGCUUCGCAAACGGUACUUCGCAGUCGUACGGAAUAGCGCGGCCUUCCUUGUUUGAGUUGCUCUUGCGUCCGAGUCAGGUCGUGGAGUCAACCUCGAAAGUGCUCGAUACUCCGCAGGACGACGCGAUGGAGCUGAUCGGUCUACCCGACUGGCUGCUGCUUGCGGCAACAGCGUUCAUUCUGCUAUACUUGUACGUUGGCAGGAACCGAAACUACUGGAAGAAGCAAAACGUUCCCCAGGAAGAUUUCUCCUUGAUUUUCGGGCCGGCGAUGAGGCUUCUCUUACGGCCCUUUCACGAGAACGACACUAGGCGUUACCAGAAGUUCGGUAGAGUUUUUGGCAUCUACGAGGGAUCGCAACCAACUCUUCUCGUCGGUGAGCCAGAACUCGUGAAGCAGGUGCUCGUGAAGGACUUUCCAUUGCUGAGUAAUCGAAGGCAACUGAAGUUCUUCGACCCACUUCUCGACAACAUGAUGUCCAUCGCCCCCGUGGAACGGUGGCGAAAGAUAAGACCAUCGGCGAGUCCGGCAUUCACCACGGGGAAACUUCGAAGAAUGAACGAAAUGAUCCAGGCCUGCGCCGAAAUAACGGCGGCGCACCUCAAGAACGCUGCUCAGCAGAAAAAAGACAUUUGCGUCAAGGAGUUUUACAGCCACUACGCCCUGGAUGUCAUCGCGAGGUGCGCAUUCGGCACAAAGCUGGACUCUCACAGCGACGCGACCAAUGAAUUCGUGGCAAAAGCAAGAAAAGCGUUCUCCGGUGGAAUUACUCUUCCUCUUGUGCUGUUCUUUCUGUUCCCUGGCUUAAUGAAGGUCCUGAAAAUAAAGCCGCUCAACUCAGAUGCGUUUCAGUACUUCAAGGACGUUUCGCUGAGCAUUAUUCAAAAGAGAAAGCAAAAAGAAUGCCGCCAGGAAGACUUUCUCCAGCUCAUGAUGGACGCCCGCGAGGGCGCCCUACAGGAAAGUUCCGAAUCUAUUACCGGUAAAGAGUCCUCGGAAAUGUUCAAUCUCGACUCGGACAUCAAGAACGACAUCAAUUGCGUUUCAAAGGCAUUGUCUGAAGAUGAAGCACUGGCUCAAUGCGUGCUCUUCUUCCUUGCUGGUCAAGACACGACGUCUUCUGUCAUCGCGUUCGCCAUUUACUCGUUGGCGCUGAACCCCGAUGUACAGGCCAAGCUUCGCAAUGAAGCGGACGAAUGCUUUGCUACGCAUGGAAAGGAGCCAAGCCUCGACGCGAUUUCCAAGUUGCCGUACUUACACUGCGUUGUGUCGGAGACCUUGAGGAUGUAUCCACCGGCUCCUCGCCUCGAGAGGGCCCCCCUCGAAGACUACAUCCUUGGUGACACGGGAAUCCGGGUACCCAAGGGUUGCGUCGUAGGAGUACCGGUGUACGCCAUGCAUUACGACCCAGAGUUCUUUCCAAAUCCAGAGAAGUUCGACCCCGACAGAUUCAGUGAAGAGAACAUCGGUUCUAUACGUCCGUACUCCUACCUGCCUUUCGGAGCCGGGCCCCGAAAUUGCAUCGGAAUGCGGUUCGCUUUGCAGGCUGUCAAGUUAUCUCUCCUGCAUUCUGUACACAGCGUGCAAUUCGUGCCCACGGAGAAAACAGACGUGCCGCUCAAGUUUGACAUUGGCCUCGGCAUUCUGAAUACCAAAAACAUCACCGUGGGCAUCAGGGAAAGGCCCGAGCGAUGAUGUCGGACCAAUAUGUUGCACUCAAUGUUCCCUUUUCAUUGUACAGUAUCAUCUGUAUAUACUGCUGUUUAAGAUAACUUAUUGCAUUGAUGCCUGUACAUAGCGUUUCAAAGGAAAACUUCUAUGUACAUAAAAUCAUGUGUUAUUUUUUCUUCUAA